AUGGCUGCUCAUCACUCCGGCCUCCUGCUCUGCAUCUGCCUGCUGGCCCUGCUUGCCCCUCUUCAUGCUGCGGAGAUUGAAAACUUGACAAGACUGAAAGCAAAUCUAUCUGACAUUCUUAAUCUCCGCUCAGAUGGGCACCAUCCUGGUGAAGAUGAAGGAAACACGCGGCGUGAAAGAGCCAGUGGGACAGGUUGGCCCAAGGACUGCAGUGAGAUUUCUGCAGGCAGCCCCAGUGGCGUCUACGUCAUCCAGCCCUCAGGGCUCCACCGCAUCGUGGUGUACUGCGAGAUGAACGUGACAGACGGGGGCUGGACGGUCAUCCAGAGGAACCGCUACAACACAGACAUCACCUGGGCCGAGUCCUGGAGCACCUACAAGUACGGCUUUGGGAACGUGCGCGGCGACUACUGGCUGGGCACCGAGUACAUCCACCAGAUCGCCAAGCAGAAGGUCUACCAGGUCAGGUUCGUCAUCCAGGAUGCCUCCAACAACAUCAGGUUCGCAGAGUACAACCUCUUCAGCGUGGAGGAUGAGUCCCACGGCUACCGGCUGCGGCUGGGCUCCUACACAGGCACAGCAGGGGAUGCCAUGACUUCAGCCAAUUCCGCUGCUGUGCAUGACAACAUGAAAUUCUCUGCUAAAGACUUGGAUCAGGACACCAACAGUGGGAACUGUGCCUCUGCCAAUGGGGGUGGGUGGUGGUUUUCAUCCUGUUACUCCGUGCGGCUGAAUUUCAAGGGUUACUUGACGUGGAGCGGUCUGUGCAAUGGCAACUGCAGAGCUUCUGCCAUCCUCAUCAAAACAGCGCCCUUCUGCUAGCUGCAUUUCAUUUCUGUCCAACCUGUGGCUAAGAAUAACCUGGCAAAGGGAUGGAAAAGGCAAAAUGUGUCAUGGCCAAACCAGCUGCCUCUGUUCAUCUUUGCUGAGGUUGUUUUUAUCCCAGCUACUGAAGAAAAUAAGCCGUCCCCCACUUCUCCCUCCUGUAGGUAUCUUCUGCUCCUCAGUUCAGCCUUUAUCCUUUUGCUCAGAUCCAGGUCAUUUUAAUUGUGUUAAUAAUCAGAAUAGUUGCUCCCAAAACCCGGAGUUUCCAGACGUGCACUGUGUCUCAGAUAAAAUGUGAAACAGCUGAACUCCAAUGCAUCUCUAUGGCUGUGUGAGCUGAUUGACACCUUUAACUUCAGGCAAACAACACGACUUUCAGUUAGAAAAAGAUUAAAAUUUCUUGAUCAGGAUCGCACAAAUUCCCACUCUUUGCCUUCUGUACUUCAGGCUUAACACUUGUUAAGUAUCAAAAUAAAUCUGUAUUCAAAGAACUAUUCCAAGUGUUUACAUCUAUUUCAAGUCUCUGUUGUGCUCACAGAGGUCACUUGUUCAAAAGCUUCCCCUGCUGAAGCUCUGCUUUCCCAUAGG